AUGAAUAACCUGGCACGAGGAAAACUCUCCACCGACCCACCUCAGCAAGCUACCAACGUUUACGUGCCUUGCCGUCCAUCCACAAUGACACCUGAGACUACAGCUGCGUGCCCAGUGAUGGUGAGAGAGUGCGUCCUGGGGUCCCGCUGGCUGAUGGCUGCGCUCACGAUUCUGUUGCUGCUUUCCACGACGGUCACCUGCGUUCACAGUACCACGGUGGAGCACGACUUUCACAUCGUUCACAAUGUCGACAACAGAAGUCCAGAAAUAGAUCCAUUCUGGUACGUGGGGCGUGGGGUAAGGCCCAUCGGGCGUUUUGGGAAGAGGCAGAGCGGAGGAGGGGGCAGCGGAGGGCUCAGACACCCUGUGGCCAUGGUCAGCACACUGGAGAUUCUCCUCGACAUCAUCAGGAACCAGGAGAACAUCGGGAAGACACUUAGCGGAGAGGACGCCGACUGGCUACCAUGA